ACCCCAAAUUGGUUUUCCGUCGGAGCUGUCUGAUUUCCCUCGAAUUGCAGUAGCCGAGCCCAACUGAGAAAUUCCGGCCGGCGGCGCCGCUCCGUCCCCCCUUGCUCGAAUGAUCGGCGGCGCCGGCCGCAGCAGGCGGCGUGGGCGCGCGCCUGGGGCCCUGCCCACGAGCGCCGCAGCCCGCCGCACCGAGCACUGCGUCUCCUGCUGGUACUGCGACUGCAAGAUUUAUGCCUUCAAUGAGAUCCUGUUCAAUUUGGGAUGGAAGUAUGCUAGAUGCAUAAGAGCAUGGUAUUCUAUAGGGGUUUAUUUCUCGCUCAUUGCUUUAGUUGGUUUAUCAUUGAUGCUAUUGUGGGAGUCAAUUGGUGUGUUUUAUUUCAGAAGUGGAUCUCUUAUUGCCUGGUUACAGAACCUUCUGACUUCAGGGCUCAGCCUAUCUAUAAUGGACACCACAAUCACCAUAAUAUCAACAAUCUUGUCUAUUGCUUUUCAUGAAUUUGGGCACGCCAUUGCAGCUGCAAGUGAGGGAGUACAGAUUGAGUAUGUUGCCAUAUUUGUUGCUCUACUUUUUCCUGGGGCAUUAGUUGCUCUGAACUAUGACCUACUGCAGAAUCUACAUCUCUUUUCGAUGCUCCGGAUUUAUUGUGCAGGAAUUUGGCAUAAUGUUAUGCUCUGUGCAGUAUGUGUGCUGAUGACACUAUUACUUCCGGUGGUGUUGUAUCCUCUCUAUGUGAGUGGCGAUGGCCUUAUGGUCGUGGGAAUCCCACAAACAUCUCCUCUGUCAGAAUACUUGUAUGCUCAUGAUGUUAUCCUCUCUGUGGAUGGUCUGAAAAUAACAACAACUGAUGAAUGGAUCAAAAUGUUGGAUCAAAGUACUACAGAGAAAAACAGUGGUCCUGAGUUCCUUGAAGGCUCUCAGAGAUAUGUUGCCACUAGUUCUGGAAAGGGUUAUUGCGUGCCCAAUUCAUGGAUGGAUGCAAGCAAGAAUCUCUGGCAGAUAAGUGACAAGCUGUCUUGCCCAGAUGAACUGAUAGCCUUUGAAAAAAUGAUCUGUAAUGGCUCAGUCAUUUUCACUGAGAAGACUGGCAGAGGUAGUGACCAGAAGGAAGUUGAGGGAAAAUAUUGUUUGAUUGCAAAAGAUGUAGUAAAGCUUAGAAAAUGUGGAAAUGGAUGGCGGAGGACUGUAGAUGAUGGAAGUAGUUGUGUAUGUUUUCAGGAUGAGUACUGCUUGGUACCUGUUCUGACCCCAGGCUUUUCAUGGAUUGAGGUCUCCUAUGCCAGGCCAUACUCUUUGGGAUGUUUACAGAAAGAAGGAAAUUUAUCAUCAUCACAUGCUACAAAUAAUAACCUUGGACAGAGUCCUUGUGAGGGAUCUUUUGUUUAUGUGGGUGAUCUGUUAUCAUCAGCACGUUCUGUUAGGUUAUCCCCCUACCGGCCUCGAUGGGCACUCCUCCUUUUCAUUGCAGAUAUUCCAUAUAUCUUGGGAAAUGGUUUAAGUAGCCUGCUUCAUGUGUCUGCAGCAUUGGCUGUAGUAAAUUGCUUACCGGUAUAUUUUCUAGAUGGAGAAGCGAUUUUGGAGACAGGCUUAUGCUACGUAGCUUGGUUUACCCACAGACAGCAACGCAAAAUUCUGAAGGUUUGCUGCUUUGUGUGGACGGUUUUAUCAAUUAUCACGUUCUCAAGGAUUUUGUAUUCCGCAACACUAUAUUAUUAUGGCUUUGUAUAACAAAGUACCGUGGAAUUUUGUCCUGAACAAAGAAAAAAAUGUCAUUUCCAUGGUACAUGUCAGUUGUGUCCUGUAUAUGGGCUAUCAUACACAAUCUUUCAGAAGGAGGCUCUCCUUACAUGAAACUGGCAAAUGGAAUAGUUCCAUAAAGUUCAUCGUUCGCAAAUGGAAUAGUUCCAUAAAGUUCUUGAUAAAAAUAAUUGCAACAAUAUUAUGUGACUCUUGAGUUAGUAGAAUAUUUGGACUUUAUUUUUUUAUGUUU